UCUCUCUCUCACACAGUCUCUCUGCUUUCAACGGGAAAGAGUGGCUCCCCGUCGGAUCUCUCUCCCUCCCUCAACCCCGAUUCAAUUCCCGCCAUCAACUGAACCAAACUAUUAUCACUCUCCCUUCUUCGAUUUUUCUGCUCUUCCAGUUUCACUUUGAACCUUCAAUUUUGAAAAAAAUUGAGCGGGUUUUCAUUUCCAUUUUAGGGUUUUGAAAAGGGAUUUUAUGUAUGGCUGCAGCUAAAAUUGAUGUACCUUAUCGUUCUAAGAAUAAAGAAUCAAUUAUUUCCGAAGAGGAGGAGGAGGAGGCUAAACGUAUAUCGAAGACAAUCAGGGGUCCGAUAAGGCAUCGAGAGGGCGGUUGGACUGCUGAAGAGGAUGAUUAUUUGAGAAAAUGGGUUGAAGUUUACAAGGGAAAACAUUGGAAGAAAAUAGCCUCAGGCUUACAUAAUCGAACGGAUGUUCAAUGUCUGCAUCGAUGGCAAAAGGUUCUUAAUCCCGACGUAAAUAAGGGUCCAUGGUCCCAGGAGGAAGAUAGGAAACUCAUUGAGCUGGUAUCCAAGUCUGGACCCAUUAAAUGGUCUGUGGUAGCAAAAUCCAUUCCAGGUCGCAUAGGAAAGCAAUGCCGAGAAAGAUGGUACAACCAUUUAGAUCCAAAUAUUAAAAAAGAUGCUUGGACCAAAGAUGAAGAACUUGCAAUUCUGAGGGCCCAUCGGGUUUAUGGAAAUCAAUGGGCAGAAAUAGCAAAGUUCUUACCUGGCAGAACUGAUAACGCAAUAAAGAAUCUGUGGAAUUGCUCUCUGAAGAAGAAGUUAGAUCUCUACCCAUCUGACGACCAGUUGCCACCAGUUCUGAAUGCAGAUAAUGCCAAAAAUAUACCCACAUCAUCAGAAAAACUUAGGUAUCCAUCUAUCUACUGGGAAGAUAAUCUCUGGAAUACCGCUUUGCAGAAAAACUUAGGUAUCCAUCUAUCCACUGGGAAGUUGCCAUCAUUUGGUUCAGUUCUGAAGACAGGGGAAGAUAAUGUAAAAAAUGCAACCAAAUCAUCUGUUGGAAACUCUGCUGUGUCUAGUAAUAAAGGAUUAAACGCCAUUGCUGGAAGUUGCUUGGUAAAUGAAAACUCAACAAAAAAUCUCUGGAUUACCCCUUUGCUGGAAAACUUAGAUAUCCAUCAAUCUACUGAGAGCUUGCAAUCAUCUGGUUCAGUUCUGAAGACAGGGGAAGCUAAUCCAAAAAGUGCAACCAAACCAACAGCUGUUGGAAACUCUACUAUGAGUGAUAAGAAAGGGUUUAGCGCCGGUACCCGAAGUUCCUUGGAAAAUGAGAAAUCUAUAGUGAAUAUCAGGAAUAGCUCUUUGAAGACUUUGUUAGAUUUCCAUCGAUCUACUGGACAAUUGCCAGCAGUUGGUUCAGUUCUGAAUACGAGGGGAGAUGAUGAGAAAAAGGUAACCACAUCAUCAGUUGCUGGAAACUCUGCUGUGUGUAAUGAUAAAUUUUUUAACACCAGUACCCGAAGUUGCUUAGAAUUUACUGGACAACUACCACCAGUUGGUACAGUUCUGAAUACCGAGGAUUACGCCCUACAGAUAUCCAUAUCACAAGCUGCAGGGAAGAUCAGUGGGUGUAGUAAUGAAGGGUUUACUGAUGGUACCCAGCGUUCCUUGGGAAAUGAAGAGUUCUAUAAAGUUGAUGAGGGUUGUAUGGAUCCGGUAGAGCCUUCGAUCCCAGAAUCCUUAGAUGCGGGGGACCCAACAGGUGUACUAGUAACUAAAUCGAGUAGCUCUGUUGAUCUUGGGUGCAGACAACUAGCAUCAGAUCAUGAGUUUAGCAGAACAAAUUCAAAGGCAAACUUGGUCAACGAUAGCAGCAUUGGCGAUACUGAGAGAAGCAUUGCUGGAACACUGUUGUCAUUUUCUGUUCCAGUCACUGGUUCCUUAAAUCAAGAAACAUCGGACUUAACAUCAGAAAUUGGAAAAACAUGUGUACUAGCAGCUGACUUGAGUAACUUUGAUGUUCUUGGAUGCAGACAACUGGCAUCAAAACAUGUGUUUAGCAGAUCCAAUUCAAAGGCAAACUUGGUUAAGUAUAGAAGCAUUGGUGAUAUAGAGAGAAGCAUUGCUGGAACACUACUGUCAAUUUCUGUUCCAGUCGCUGGUUCCUUAAAUCAAGAGACGUCAGGAUUAACAUCAGAGAUUGGAAAAUCAGGUGUGCUAGCAACUGACUCCAGUAAUUCUGUUGGUCUCGGAUGCAGACAACUUGCAUCAAAACAUGAGUUUAGCAGAUCAAAUUCGAAGGCAAACUUGGUUAAGUACAGAAGCAUUGGUGAUAUAGAAAGGAGAAUUGCUGGAACGCCAUUGCCAAUUUCUGUUCCAGUCACAAAGUUUAAAAACAGGAGAGCAACAGCUGUAAAAGAAAGUAAGCCGUCAAAGAAGUCUGCACUAUCAGAUGCAAUUCGGUCGCAGUGGGAGCUUCAAAGAAGCCUUCAAGACCAACGUGAGUUUCCAAGGGAGCCGCAGAUACGAGCUGUAGAAACUGCACAGCAGCCACAAAAGCUGUUUGAGGAAAAGAAGAAAGUGGGAGAAGCAUUCAUGCUUGCCAACCAAUCCUCUUGCUCAACAAAUCCGGCAGUCAGUGCUGUUCCCUCAUCUACCCGUUUGGGUCCGGAUCUGUUGAAUGUUGGAAGCAAUGAUGUGUCAUUGAGAAAUAAUCUCCAUGAGGGUGUGUUGGAGCUUGGAGUGACUGGUUCCUUAAAUCAAGAAACGGUGGUUUUAACCUCAGAUUUGUCACCUACCAUUUGCUUACCUCCAGUUUGUAAUGACAAUUUGGUUGAUCAGAGGGUAGAAUCUUUGUUUAAGAAUGUUGCUAAGAGCUUCUCAACCCUUCCUUCCAUACUAAGAAAAAGAAAGAGAGAAGCUGGUGGUGCCAGGAAUCAAGAUGAACAUAUAAAGGAGGUACAAGGUGAAGAAAGUUUGCAUUCAUUUGAAAUGCAAAAAGCUGAUAACAGCAAGGAAAAGCCUGGAUCGAUGGUGAAUUUGGAGAGUGACAAUAUUUCUUUCCGUGGAAAUAACACUGUUAGGCAGUUUUAUUCUAGGAAGGCUUGGAAAAACAAAUCUGAGGUUUUCAAAUCUUUAGAGAAACAUCUGGAUGGGGAUGAGCAUACAAAUGAAGUGAUGGAUGAAGAAGGAUUACAUUCACCCGAAAGAAAGAAAACAGAUUCUACAGAGGAAAAACCUGGAUCAGUUGAUGUGAAUUUGAAGAGUGAUAAUUCUGUUUGUGGUGGUAAUAGCACUGUUAGGCUGUUUUACACCAGGAAUUCUCGUCCAUACAGAUUCAGGCAGAAACAGUCUGAGGUGUUUUAUACUAGAAAGGUUCGUCCAUAUGGUUUAAAGAAAAACAAGUCCGACGUUUCCGUGUCUCUAGAGAAGCAACUGGAUAGACAUGUGCAUACAAGUAAGCUACAAGAUGAAAAAAGUUUACUUACAGUUGAAAGAAAAAAAACUGAUAAUGGCGAAAAAAUGGCUGGAUCAGCUGAUGUGAAUCUGAAGAGUGACAAUUCUGUUUCUCGUGGUAAUAGCACUGUUAGGCUGUUUUACACCAGGAAUGCUCGUCCAUACAGAUAUAGGCAAAAACAGUCAGAUAUGUCUUAUACUAAAAAGGCUCGUCCAUGUGGUUUAAGCAAAAACAAAUCUGAUGUUUCCAUGUCUCUGGAGAAGCAACUUCAUAGGGAUGAGCAUACAGAUGAGGGACAAGAUGAAGAAAGUUUUCAUAGGGUCGAAAGAAAAGAAACUGAUAAUGGUGAAGAAAUGGCUGGAUCUCCGGAUGUGAGUUUAAAGAAUGAAAGUGCAGCUUGUAGUGGUAACAGCACUGUUAGGCUGUUUUAUACUAGGAAGGCUCGUCCAUACGGUGUAAAGCAAAAACAGUCGGAUAUGUUUUACACUAGAAAGGCUCGUCCGUGUGGUUCAAUGCAAAUCAAGUCUGACGUUUCCGUGUCUCUAGAGAAGCAACUUGAUAGAGAUGAGCAUAAGAAUGAGGUACAAGAUGAAGAAAGCUUACAUACAGUCGAAAGAAAAAGAACUGAUAAUGGAGAAGAAAUGGCUGGAUCACUGGAUGUGAAUUUAAAGACUGAAAGUUCAGCUUGUCGUGGUAAUAGCACUGUUAGGCUGUUUUAUACCAAGAUGGCUCGUCCAUACGGUUUAAGGAAAAACAAGUCUGACGUUUUCCAGUCUUUAGAGAAGCAGCUGGAUGGGGAUGAUCUUACCGAUGAGGUGAAGGAUGAAGAAAGAUUGUAUGCUCUAGAAAGAAAGAAAUUACAUAUCAGGGAGGAAAAUCCUGAAAUAUGCAGACUCAGGCAAAAACAGUCAGGGAUGUUCUAUACUAGGAAGGCGCGACUGUAUGGUUCAAUGCAAAAAAAUUCUGAUGUUUCUGUGUCUUUACAGAAGCAACUGGAUAAGGAUGAGCAUAGAAAUGAGGUACAAAAUGAAGAAAGCUUACAUUCAGUCGAAAGAAAAAAAUCUGAUGAUAGCGAGGAAAUGGCUGGAUCACUGGAUGUGAAUUUAAACAGGGAAAAUUCUUCUUGUCCUGGUAAUAGCAGUGUUAGGCUGUUUCAUACUAAGUCUUCUCCAUAUGGUUCAAGGCAAAAUAAGUCUGACGUUCUCAAGUCUUUAGAGAAUCAACUGGACGGGAAUGAGUACACAAAUGAAGUGGUGGAUGAGGAAGGAUUUGACUCACUCAGAAGAAAGAAAGUAGAUACCAGGGAUGAAACUGCUGGAUCAGUUGAUGUGAAUCCGAAGAGCGACAAGUCUGCUUAUCGUGGUAACAGCACUGUUAGGCUGUUUUACACUAGGAAAGCUCGUUUAUACGGAUGCAGUAUUAAACAUUCAGGGCAGUUGUAUGCUAGGAAGGCUCGUCCAUACAGAUUUAUGCAAGAAGAGUCUGACAUUUCAAGAUCUGUGGAGAUGCAACUGGAUAGGGUUGAGCAUUCAAGUGAGGGACAAGAUAGGGACACAACCAGAUGCAGGCUUAAAAGGUCAGGGAUGUUUUAUACAAGGAAGGCUCGUCCAAACAGCUUGAGGCAAACUAAGUAUGACAUUUUGAAGUUAAUUGAGAAGCAACUGAAUAGGGAUGAGCAUGCAAAUGAGCUAAGAGAUGAAAAAAAGUUGCCUUCAUUUGAAAGAAGGGUAACUGAUACUAGUGAGGAACCUGGACCUGGGGAUGUUAAUUUGAUUACUGAUAACUCUGCUUAUCAUGCUCAUAGCUCUGUUAGGUUGUUUUAUACUAGGAAGUCUCGCACAUGCAGCUCAAGUCGAAAAACGAUCUGACAUUUUCAAGUUUAUGAAGAAGCAACUGGAUAAAAGCCUGGAUCAGCAGGUGUGAUUGACAAUUCUGGUUGUCAUAGUAAUAGCACUGUAAGGCUGUUUUUUUCUAGAAGGCUCGUCCACAUGGAUUAAGGCGAAAACAUUUGAAAUUCACAUUCUAUGGUGUAAUUCAUUGAUGAUGGCCGUUCCAAAUCAAGAAAGUGAGCCUUAUCUUAACGAGGGGUUUUCCAUAGCAAUGAUGAUGGCUUUGACCUAGUUCAAAAACUUUUUCAGGUAAAAAUACUUUCUCGCUUUCUCAUCUUAGUUGCAGGAUGAUGGUAGAAUCAUCAAGUUGGUGUUGAAGUAUGGACCCAAAAAUGGACUGUUAUAGCUAAACCCUUGCCAUCGCUUAAGAAAGCAAUAUAACAAGAAAGGACUGAAAACUCAAUAAAGAAGUUCUGGAGUAGCUUUUUGAAAAAAAAGUCAGAUUUCCACCUAUCUGCCCGACUGUUACCACCGGUUGUAGACGGGGAAAGAUUGUGCCAAUAUAACCAGUGGUUGAUGAGAAUUGAGAAACGCUGCUGAAGACUUCAGUUGAAGAAACUGGAAGAAAGAGGGAAUCUUCCAUCUCUGCAUGGAACUUAAAGGACACUUCAUUUGGGCUAUGUUGAGCUUAGGAAUUAAGGGAACCAUAUCCGAUCACUAGGUAGAGUACCAGAAAGCCUCACUAAUUCAUCAGCUUCUCCUUCUUUUACUGGAAUUAUCUGCACCUUCCAUUAAUUAUCUCUUUUAGUUGGAGAACUUCUGUUAUUGCUAGCUUUUGUUUCUCUUUUAACUCAAGAGCAUGGGUUACAAAAACAAAGAGCAAUGCAGAGGCUGUGAAGUUGAAGGGUUAUUGUAAUUUGAGUUAGUCUGGAGGUGCUCAUUAUCGGAAGCAGCUUGUAUCUCCAUGAGUCUUCCAUUUUUCUUCAUUUUCAUUUCAUCCCAUACUGAUUUCUUGGUAAGGAACAGAUACUUCAACUGUUGCAACCAUCUCAUCAGAAGUAUAGAUUCUGGCCAUACUUCCAUACUCCUAGCUGACCCUUUCAUCAGUUCAAUGCAUUACUUUAUGUGCAUCAAACUUGAGUACAAUAUUAUUUUGGAGCCGACUUAAACAUACUUCUCCAGCAUUUCCUAUCAAUUCUUUAUCCCUGGGUCGUGUUUGCGGGGGAUGUUUGUGAUGUUUUUCAAGAAAUAGGUUCCUAAAGUAGACCAUUUCUAAGCAGCUGGUAUGUCUUAUGAGGCAAUUUUUCUUUGACGUCCAUUCAUAAAAUUGUAAAAUUACCAAUUAUUUUGAUUAAUUGCACUCACUUGGAGGAGUAAAAUGAAAAAAAGAAACUCAAGUUGUGAAGGGUA